AUGCCUAUUAACUUUGAUUUCUCUGGCAAGACGUACAUCGUGACGGGUGGAAACCGAGGAAUCGGUCUCGCCAUCUCGGAAGCCAUCGCCGAAGCUGGUGGAAACGUUGGAGUCAUCUACCACUCUGCCAAGGACGCUCCUGAUAUCGCUGCUGGCAUAGCAAAGAAGUACAACGUCAAGUGUGAAGCUUGGAAGUGCGAUGUCGGUGACCCUGAAUUGGUCAAAAAGACCUUCAAGGAGAUUGACGAGAAGUUUGGACAAGUCGACGGUGUCGUCGCCAACGCCGGUAUCUCUGUAGUCAAGGAUGCCAUUGACUUGACCAAGGAGGACUUUAAUUCUGUCUACUCGACCAAUGUCUUUGGACCUUUUGCCUGUGCUCAGGCUGCUGCUUCUCUAUGGAUCGAAAAGCAAUACAAAGGAGGAUCUGUGGUCUUUGUGAGCUCAAUGAGCUCCCAGAUCGUCAAUAAGAAGAUCCAUCAAGUAUGGUACAACUCAUCCAAGGCCGCCGCUUCAUCCAUUGUGAAGCAACUAGCGGUCGAAUGGGCGGACAAGGACAUUCGCGUAAACGCUCUCUGCCCAGGCUAUGUUGAGACCGACCAGACCAGUCACAUGGACCCCAAACUGCUCAGCUGGCAAAAGGAUGAGCUUGUACCUCUUGGACGAUUCUCGCAACCUAAAGAACAGGCUUACAUGGCCCUGUUCCUAUUGGACAACAAAUUCUCGAGCUACUGCACUGGACAAGAGUACUUUGUGGACGGAGGUGCCCAGGCAUGGUAG